AAUUUCGCUGCAGCUGCAGGUGCCUUUCUUCACUUGAGCGGUGUUCUUGAUUUUAAGGGAAGGAAUGGCAGUGGUUGGCAGUUGGACAUAUGCUGAAACACAAACACCAGACUGCUUUCUGCACUUUGGCUCAAGUUGGGAUUGACCUUGUGGCUUUAAACAUCCCGGGGCUCAGCAACCUGAAGCCUUCCUGAAAAUGGAUUCAGGGGCCUAUGGUCAGAACAUGGGCUUUGGGUACGAGAUGGAUGGUCAGAAAGGCAACGAGAAGGGCAAGGGCAAGGGCAAAGGCAAGGGCAAAGGCAAAGGAAAAAAGGGCAAAGGACUGCGCAAAGGAGGUGGCAAAGGUGGUGGGAAGUCCGACUUGUACUAUGGAGGUGAUGACGGUGACAGAAUUCGCCCAAAAGUGACUGAAAACGAGGCGAAAGAGGCUCGUGCAAUCGUGGUCAAGGCUCAAAUUGAUGCUGCAAAUCGAAAGGCGGAACGUGAUGCCGUGAAAGCACAAGUGGGGGCAGCAUCGAAAGAUGAUCUUCAAGCGAUGAUCAAUGCUCGCCUGAAAACCAGCCUGAGUUGAGGUGCGGGGCUGGCCAUGGAGAAGCAAAAGUGAGCAUGGUGCAACACUGCACGACGCCUCACUCAAGCUGCUUGUCCUGCGCAUUCAAACGCACACAGCGACCUUGUUUUUUUGAAAAAGAACACAUCAUUAGUAAUAUUAGUUUUUAACAUUUUGUCGAUCACCAUAACCAGUUUGUUUGUC